AUGUAAUAGUAAGGAAAUUAUUCAUCAAACCAAUCUCCUUAUGCUUAGAAUCCUAACUUGAUAAUUAAUGAUUAUUUUCAAUAUUUAAAUGAUAGAAAUGCAGUCACUCUUUAAAACAAUCAAAGGAUUUUGAAUUAGUAAGCUUAUAAGCUAAAAUAGUAAUAAAUAGUGUAGAAUUAAAUAUAAAAAGAAAUCGAAGAAUCUUUAGGCACAUAAAAGCAGUAUGAAAAAAAUUUAGACAAUUUGAUAGAAAGAAAAAAUGUGAAUUCAGUUUUUGGUGGAGAGAAAGAAUUUAAGCUAAACCAGAUUUCAUAAUUAAUUCAGUCUUACGAUCAACAUAAUAAAAAAGGUUUUUAAAGCAAUUUUGAUCCUCUUAGCAAUUUCGAGGGUGAGAUGAAUAUGUACUUAAACUAGUAGAAAAAAAAUUAAUAAAAUCCUUAAAUUCAAUAAUAAAGAUAAAAUAUAAACCCAAAUAUUUAGAAUUAUUAUGGAGAUAACACAUUAAAGAAUUAAAAUAUGGAUAGAAUGAGAAGCAGUGGGUUAAAUACACUAGCAUAAGCAGCUUAAAACAAUAUUUACAAUACGAAAAAAAUUAGAGAGAAUGAGGAUUCAAAUCCAAACAGUGGUUUAUAAAGCUAUUAAGAAAAGUAUAGUAAGUAUUUACACUACUAAGAAAGAAACUAUAUUUCAAAAAUUGCUUCAAAAAACCAAAUGAAAGAAAUUGAUUUCUUAGAUAAAUAUAAUUAAGAGUUAUAUGAUAAAUCUAGUAAGCUAAAAAACUAAAUUUUUUAAGGAGAAGAUUUGUAAGAGUAUGAAGAACGACUUAUGCUUGAAAGAAAAAUUAAAUAACUUGAGAGCUCGAAUUCAGUGUUGAAAUAGUCAAAAGAUAUAGCUCAUUUAUUUUUGUCAGAACCUCUUUUGAAAAAUAAAAGCACAGUGAAUAACAUCUUAAAUUAAAAAAAUAAUCAAAAAAUUCCAUUUAUUCUUCCUUUUAACCCUGCAUUAUCCUCAUAAGUUUUUGGCGAACUAACUGAUCAAUUCAAAGAAAUAAGAAGAUAAAAUAUCCUACUCAAAAAGGAGUUAGGCUAUUAAGUUGGAUUGGAUUACAUGCUAGAGAAAUUUGCAGAUAAUAAAGAUCUUGUUGAGGAAAGAAAUAAAUUACUCUUUUAGUUAGAUUAAGUUGAAUAAAAAAAUAGAGAACUUGAAGAAGAGAAGCUAAGGUUAGAAGAGGAAAAUAAAAGAAAAUAAACAAAGAAAAUAACUAAAGCAGUCUCAAGUAAAAAAUCUACUGUUGUAUAAGGUUAAAAGUUUAACAUGAAAAAAAUCAAGAAGAUUUUGAGACUUUAAUUUUUAGUGCUGUCAUUAUCAAUUUACUAUGUUCGUACCUAUCUACCAAAUUUUAUUAAAAAUAAAAGGAAGAAAUAAAUGACUGAUUUAAUGUAGCUGAUGGGUACUUGUUCAAAUAAAAUUAUUGAGUGGAUGAAGUCAGCUUCUAAAACAGGCUUAGAGCGACUGAAAAACUAAAAGCAAGAAUUGGCAUUGAAAAAAUCUGGAAAAUUGAUAGAAGGAAAAGACAAAGACAAAAGGCUGACUGAAAUUUUAUUAAUUGUAAAGAAUAUAUUUGAUGGGUUGUUUGAUAACUUCAGCUAAGAAGCGCUGGGUAAAGAAACCUUUAGUUUAUUGAAAGAAAUGACAUCUAAUGGUUGUCAUUUACCUAACAAUUAUUUGUAGCGUUUCGAAAUGAAUAGAUUAAGCUUUAGUUAUUAUGGAUCAAUAAAGAACAUUAACUAGAGUUCGUAGAAUAUGCUUAUACUAUGUCUUGUGCUUAUACGUCUAUUAAUAUAUAAAAUUGUCCUACCUUAUUAUAAUGUUGACACCUCAAAACCAAAAAAUUAAUAAUAUAUUGACAAUUGCACUUGGAUAGGUUCUAUAAUGCAUUGGCUUAUAAUAGAUUAUCUUAAAUAAACUUGUCCGACUAUCCCAUAAAAUUUAGCUCACAUUUAAGUAGAAAAUAAACCUCAAAUUCGCAAAGAACCAUUAGUAGCUCCUGAUAGAAAAAUAUUUCCAGAAGAGCUAAAACUAUUCAAAAAAGGAGAUUUAGAGGAUUUUUUUAUUCUAGGAAUUUUGGCACAAGAAGAUCUGUUGAUGAUUUUUGAAAAAGAGGUAGAUUGGUGCCAAAAUAUAAAAGCUAUCAUAGAAACAAUAGGAUUUAAAUUCAUUUAAUCAUUAUGA